GUCACUAAAAUGUCAUUUUACUGAGAUACACAAUUUUCACUUACAUUCCUUUGGUAGAAAAUUUCUCAGUUAAUGUCUUAAAAUUUAAUGUGAAAAAUAAUUAAGAAAACAACAUAAGAAAUAGUUAAAAAUGUCUUUACGAAAUAUUUAAAGAAUACGUGCGCGUCCAAUCACAAGCCAUCAAAAUGCAGUUGGCGCCAUUCAUAAUUCCCCUUACCUUACUCUUGACAUUUACGACGACCACGUACGCCAGAACAGCCAAAAGAUCUGAUGUCUAUAUUGCGGGAUUUUUUCCCUAUGGCGAUGGGGUUGAAAACUCCGAUACUGGGCGCGGUGUAAUGCCCAGUGUCAAGUUGGCAUUGUCACAUGUCAAUGAACAUCCCAGGAUAUUGACCAACUAUCGCCUGCACAUGUGGUGGAAUGAUACAGAGUGCAAUGCUGCCGUUGGUGUCAAAUCAUUUUUCGACAUGAUGCAUUCGGGGCCGAAUAAAUUAAUGCUGUUUGGGGCUGCUUGUACUCAUGUCACGGAUCCCAUUGCCAAGGCCAGUAAACAUUGGCAUUUGACACAGCUCUCGUAUGCCGACACCCAUCCCAUGUUUACCAAAGAUGCUUUUCCCAACUUCUUUCGGGUGGUACCCUCCGAGAAUGCAUUCAAUGCACCACGUUUAGCGCUGCUCAAGGAGUUCAAUUGGACGCGUGUGGGCACAUUGUAUCAGAAUGAGCCACGCUAUUCGUUGCCUCACAAUCACAUGGUAGCCGAUUUAGAUUCCAUGGAAUUGGAGGUGGUUGAAACGCAGAGUUUUGUCAAUGAUGUGAGCGAAUCACUAAAGAAGUUACGGGAAAAGGAUGUUCGUAUUAUUUUGGGUAAUUUCAAUGAGCAUUUUGCCCGCAAGGUCUUCUGUGAGGCUUACAAACUUGAUAUGUAUGGCAGAUCGUAUCAGUGGUUGAUAAUGGCCACAUACUCCACGGAAUGGUGGAAUACCACCAUUGACAUGGACUGCUCGGUGGAGGAAUUGAUACAGGCCGUGGAGGGCACAAUGAUGGUGGAUUUGUUGCCCUUGUCCACAAGUGGAGAUAUAACAAUUGCAGGCAUUACCGCCGAUGAAUAUCUCUCGGAGUACGACAGCUUACGCGGCAAUGAAUAUUCCCGUUUCCAUGGCUAUACCUACGAUGGAAUUUGGGCCGCCGCAUUGGCCAUUCAAUAUGUGGCCCAGAAACGCGAAGAUUUCCUAACACAUUUCGAUUAUCGCGGCAAGGAGUGGGAAAAUGUUUUCCUGGAGGCCUUGCGCAAUACCUCCUUUGAGGGUGUAACGGGUCCAGUGCGUUUUUACAACAAUGAACGCAAAGCCAACAUUUUGAUCAAUCAAUUCCAAUUGGGACAGGUAGAGAAGAUAGGUGAAUUUCAUUCACAACAGAAUCAUUUGGAUUUAACAUUGGGAAAACCUGUGAAAUGGGUUGGCAAAACCCCGCCCAAGGAUCGCACUUUGAUCUAUAUCGAACACAGUCAAGUGAAUCUCACCAUAUAUAUUAUAUCGGCCAGUGCCUCGGUUGUUGGAAUGAUUAUUGCCUGUGUCUUUCUGGCCUUCAACAUAAAAUACAGAAAUCAAAGAUACAUCAAAAUGUCAAGUCCCCACUUGAAUAAUUUAAUAAUUGUCGGCUGCCUGCUGACCUAUAUGAGUGUUAUAUUUUUGGGUCUGGACACAACAUUGAGCAGUGUGGCCGCCUUUCCCUAUAUUUGUACGGCCAGGGCAUGGAUUUUGAUGGCCGGGUUUAGUUUGGCAUUUGGUGCCAUGUUCUCGAAGACAUGGCGUGUUCAUUCAAUAUUUACGGAUUUGAAAUUGAACAAGAAGGUGAUUAAGGACUAUCAGCUGUUUAUGGUUGUGGGAAUUUUGUUGUUUAUUGAUAUUGCCAUAAUAACGACAUGGCAAAUAGCGGAUCCAUUUUAUCGUGACACAAAGCAAUUGGAACCAAGGCAUCACGAGCACAUGGACGAUGUCUUGGUAAUACCAGAAAACGAAUAUUGCCAAUCGGAACACAUGACAAUAUUCGUUAGCAUUAUUUAUGCCUACAAAGGCUUGUUACUGGUCUUUGGCGCCUUUUUGGCCUGGGAAACGCGUCACGUUUCCAUACCAGCCCUCAAUGACUCCAAACACAUUGGCUUCUCCGUCUACAAUGUGUUCAUCACGUGCAUAGCUGGGGCCGCCAUCUCGCUGGUCUUGUCGGAUCGCAAAGAUUUAGUUUUUGUCUUACUCUCAUUUUUUAUAAUUUUUUGUACGACAGCCACUUUGUGUUUGGUGUUCGUACCGAAAGUAAGACUGGUAUUGGUGGAAUUGAAACGUAAUCCCCAAGGUGUGGUCGAUAAACGUGUCCGGGCCACUCUCAGGCCAAUGUCGAAGAAUCGCCGUGACUCCUCGGUCUGUGAGUUGGAACAACGUUUGCGUGAAGUUAAGAACACAAAUUGUCGUUUCCGCAAAGCUCUGAUGGAAAAGGAGAAUGAACUGCAGGCUUUGAUAAAGAAACUGGGACCAGAGGCCCGCAAAUGGAUAGAUGGUGUCACCUGUGGCUCUGGUGGCGGUGGCAGUGUUGGCGGUGAUACGGAACCGAUUUUGGGCAGCAAUACUGGUGGUGGUGGAAUCAAUGAUACGGCUCGUCUGUCGGCACCACCUGUUAGGCGAGAUAUGCCAAGCACAACGGAAAUUACCGAGCUAACAUCAGUGGAUAGUGUCACCUCGACACAUGUCGAAAUGGAUAAUUCCUUGAUGUCGGUACAGUCCACCACCGUGGCACCAUCAUUACCACCCAAAAAGAAUGUCAAGCGCCAGGAUAGUCAACCGCAGACGCCAUAUCAACCCCCACAGCAGCCACCGCUACCGACAAAAACCCAUCAUGUUAUGCAGCAACCCAUACAACAACAGCUACAGCAACAACUUCAGCAACAGGCACAAUUUCAGCAACAACAGCUACAACAACAACAGGCGAAACAAUGUAACGAUGCCACACGUCGUCAUGUUGAUAAACGUAAUUCGGUUUCGGCUCAAACCGAUGUCAGUAUUGGGUCCAUGUCUAGUCUAAAACGCCAGGAAUGUAAUAAUGUUCAUCGUGAGGAUUCAACAUUGCGGGAGAGGCGUCAAUCCACUUCAUCAAGGCAUUAUGACAAUGGCACCCAGACUCCCACAUCUCGAGCGAAAUAUUCGAACAACAAUCAUCGAAAUUCUUCGACUAAUGUUUCAGCAUCUCAGACAGAAUUGAAUAAUACCUGUCCACAUAGCGGCGGCGGCGGCAGUCAUGGCAAAAACAAUAACAGCGUCAAAACUCCCGUAGCAUCCGACUCCCGUCGUGUCAGCAUGGGCUCAGCUUUGAAAUCGAAUUUCGUUGUGUCCCAAAGUGAUUUAUGGGAUACCCAUACAUUGUCGCAUGCCAAACAACAUUCGCGACAAUCGCCCCGUAACUAUGCCAGUCCCCAGCGAUGCUCCGAACACAGUCAUAUCGUACCCACAACCUAUGAUCAAAUAACUUCACCCAUACAACGUUCUGUUUCGGAAAAGAAUCGCAACAAACAUCGUCACAAACCGCAAAAGGGCACCGUGUGCCAGAGUGAAACGGACAGUGAACGAGAACGUGAACCGACACCACCCAGUACCCAGUGUAUGCAACAGCGUAAGGCAAAUCGUACCAAUAUUCAGCAUGCUGCCCAUCACCACUCAUCGCCCAUGAUUGCCCCGGACAAACAACGCACGACGAAUAACAACAAUAAACAUCGUGGCAUGAAAGCCGAUUCUUCGUCGAUGUAUGGUGCCAGUUCGGAAACGGAACUACUCGAUGGUGAAACUGCCAUAUUGCCGAUAUUCCGGAAAUUGCUUACCGAGAAAAGUCCAAAUUAUCGUGGCCGCAAUGUGGUGGGGCAGAGUUGCCCGAAUAUAUCAAUUAAAUGCGAUAUUGUGGAAUAUUUGUAGUUGAAUUUUAUGCAGCAGAGGAAAGAAAUACCAUGCAAUUCUUUUUUUUUUUCAAAUUACAACCACACCCACACACUAACAACUAAAUGCAUACGAAUCUAAUUCAAGCUACCGAGCAAUCUUACGAAAAAAAUAAACUAAGUAAAAAUAUGAAACGAAAUAGUCCCAUUUCCUAAAACCAAAAAAAAUAAAACAAGUCACGAAUGCAAGAAGAUGUUCGCUUAGAGACAAAACUUGAUGUUUUAAAAGAAGAUUUAAAUAAAGUAAUAAAAAUUCGA